ACAAAUUCGAAGAGUUAUAUUAACUGACGGGUAAGCUUUCCGCUACUAAAGGAAUGGCCUGCUCCUUGUAACAUAAUUAUCAUAGCUUACUUUACUAAGGAUCUAUUCUAUAACUUUGAAAUGGAUUUUACUAUCAUAAUCAGCCGAAUACACAGCACAUUCUACUUUUAUGUUCCUAUUCUGGUAAUUGGUUAUGGCGUACUAAGUCGAGUCUAUAACCGGUAUUUCCACUUACAACAAUUUAAGGGACCAGUUUUAGCAGGUUUCUCAUCCUUAUGGCUAGUGAGAACAUAUGCUACAGGCAACGCAGCUCAGAAAUUCUUGCAGUUAAACAAACAAUACGGCAAACUUGCACGUAUAGGUCCUAACAACUUGAUCACAGAUGAUCCUGAGAUAAACUUUAGGAUCCUUGGUACCCAUUCACCGUAUCGACGAGGGAACUGGUUCGACUCAUUGCGAUUCCAUCCUCACUUCACAAGUAUUGCUUCCGAGACAAGCCCAGAAAAGCAUGAUGCAUUGAGAUGGAAAGUCUCUGCCGGAUAUACCACCAAGAACUUCAUAGGUCUGGAGGACGUGCUAGACCGUAGAAUCGCGGAAUGGCUGCACCGCCUCGACAAAAAACGCAUGGAAGGGGGUCCACACGGUUUUGAUCUCGCGCGAAAUGUACGUUACAUGACUCUUGAUGCAGCAUCCUACGUGUGCUUUAGCCAGGACCUCAUGUUCACCGAGGAUGAAUCCGAUGAUUUCUGGGACAGCAUAGAAGAAAGUGCACCGUAUGCACAAUAUUUAUCCUGCGUACACGGGCUAUUUUCAAUAGCAUGGAUUGCGUGCCACAUCUGGGGCUUGAGGAAUAAGAUGAUUCUCACCGAAAAUAACAACCCUGGAAUUGGAAGGAUCUUAAGAGUGUCACGCGUUGCAACCGCAAAACGUUUCGGCCCUGAUGCGAAAAUUGUAGAUGACAUGUUAGGUUCGUGGGUGAAGAAGGGCUUGUCACAAUACGAAGCAGAGACGGAAGUCUCAAUAGCGUUAGUCACAGGAGCUUUUCCAACUGCAUCGGCUAUCAAUGUCACGAUUCUAUACGCUUUAGCUAACCCACGCAUAUGGGAACUGGUGAAAAAAGAACUCGAAAUCGCCAUUUCAAACGGCCUGAUUUCAUCCCCUGUACGGAACUCGGAGGUAGAUAAUCUGCCGUAUUUGCAGGCUUGUAUCAACGAAAGCUUACGACUUCAACCCCCGAUUGUUCAACUGCGCGAGAGAGUGGUACCCACAGGUGGCGAAACGAUUGGCGAUACCUACAUUCCCGGUGGCACGAACAUUGGCAUCAACAUGGGUGCGCUGUGCAGAAAUCCAUGUUUUGGAGAGGCUCCUGAGACUUACAGACCUGAGAGGUGGAUUGAAGCAGAUGUGGAAAGAUUGGCUGAGAUGAAGAGAGUGCAUGGGCUUCUGUUUGGCUACGGGUCUACCAGGUGCCUUGGCAUAGCUCAGGCAUCGAUGAUAAUCAACAAAGCGUUGGUGGAGGUAAGAAUUUCAUAGCUCUACUUGGUACAGAUUGGUUUGCUGAGUGCUUUCAGUUCCUCCGGAGAUAUACCGUUGAAGUUCUCAAUCCUACUGACCCAUGGAUCGACCAGUCAAAUGGCGUAUCAUUACAUAGGAGGUUCCUCGUACGUCUUCAAAAAUGGGGCAGCAAAUGAGCAAGCGACACAGUUAGUUUAUUAAAGCAAUUGUUCUGCAGAGACAUAGAUAUUGGUUUGAAUGCAAUUUAAAUU